AAGAUGAGGAUUAUGCCAAAGUUGAUUCCCUUCUGAUGAUGCUAGAAUUCAAACUCUAAAACAAUAAAGAACAAUAAAAGAAAAGAAGCAAUAAAAAUACAAUUAAAAUCCGUAUGAAUAUUUAAUGUAGACAUGCUGUGGACCUCCUGAAUAAAGCUGGUGGACCACGGGUGGUGCAUGGGCUACAGUUUGGCAACCCCUGAACUAGGUGAUUAGAUGCGAAGGAUAUGGCUGUUGCACCUUUUAAUAUUUGGUUAGAAGAAGAAUUAUCAGUAGGCAAAACUUCCUUCUCCCAAUGACAGAGUGUACAACUUCAACACCCCCACUUCUAACCAAAUACUAGAAAUACAGAACGUGCUGCCUCCUUAUAUAGGCUUCUCAUAAGUUGCAGCUUAGCUUUUUUCAAGUAAGCGUGUGGGCACUGAGCCGCCUCGUCCUAUGUAUGGUUACCGAAAAGUUAAGUCCCGAGGCGACUUAUUGCCGGACCGGUUACACGAGCACAAGCCUGCAGGCAGGGUGCCGCAGGCUUCUUUUUCACGACCGAAGCUCUGUCUUGGGAAUUUCCUCGCUUGAUAUCAGCAUCCGAAGGCUGGGCUGGUACUUUCCUUAGAGAGUAGACACAGUCACAGAGGCUCUUUUAGGUCAGAGGGCGUGACUUCCAAGCAAGUUAAAACCUCAGCACCCCCGCCCUGUUUUUACCAAACCACUUAACGGACCCGAUCCUUACCCCAUCGGUCAGCGAGCACUUUGCCAUCCGUAGUAGUGCUUGCGUCGCGUAAUACCCAUUGAAAGAAAUUGCUUGAAAGAACCAGCCGUUUCCCCCUUUCUGCGGACGGUGCUUAUUUGUAUAUGGGUGCCUCCUUUCCUUGGCGGGAUUCCUUUCCUCCAAACGCGAUGCUAUAUUCUCUCCUCUGGACUCGUCGCUAGUAGGAAGGAACUAGUUUCGCCUCCUCGUUCUUUUCGUCUUCCAUAGGUCGGCUCGCAGUCCGACUCCCCCAUCAUCGCACCCAGUUUUAUCUGUCAGCGCCGCUACUGGUUUAAGUAAGGAAGUGACAUGUCGCCUGAGUUAUCCAGGACAACGUUUAACCAUAGUUUAUGGAGUCAGCUUGUAUUCACUAACCAUAGAGAAGACGAUUCAGUUCAAUUCAUUUAAAAAUGUAUUUUGGAAAUCUGCCUGUUUUGCUGUUGCUGAUCCUUAGUUGUGUCAGAGCAGGUAAUCUUUGUGUGAGGCGCCAGACCAUUAACAUACUGGAAGAAGAAUAUUUUUCAAAUUGCUGUCCUAGGGGAGAACAAGAUAAAGGCGAUACUGUAAAAUGGUAUACAGAUAAAGAAGGAAAUUGGACAUUAAUUCAAAGAGACAGCAGAAUUGAAUUGAAUGGGACUUUCUUGGAAUUUUGGCCAGCUGUGCUGAAUGACACUGGAAACUAUACAUGCCAUUUCAGCAAUGGAACACACAGCAUUAAGAAUGAUAAGAUAUGGUCCUUGAAAGUCCUCCAUAGAAAUAAAACAAGUUGUUUCAAUGCCAAUCACAUCUCAUCUGGAAUACCUGGAAUUCUUGGAAGAGCCUAUAUGUUUAAAUGCAGCAAUAUACACCACAAGGCGAAUGUUGUUGAGAUAACAUGGUACAAGCAUCUUCACUUAAAACAGGACUGCAUCAGGAAGCUUGAAAAGGAAGAAGAGCUGUAUAUCGAUCAGCUAGCAACAAGAGAUUCCGGGAAAUAUACGUGUGUGAAAUCAUUUGUUCAUGCAGGAAAGAGAUACAAUGCCACCCAUACAAUAGAACUAAGAGUGAAUGAAGAUACAGAGGAAAAUACAGAACCAAGGCUAACUGGACCUGAUCAUUAUGUUAUCAAAACAGAAAUAGGUAAAAAGGAGAUCCUCAACUGCACAGCUUUUUUAGGUUACUCUAACACUGUAGUUAGAGAGCCUAUGCUUUAUUGGGUACACAAUGGCAGAAUAAUAGAGAAAUGUCAGGACACCGACUCACCGUGUCAAAUGGAAGAGCUCAGUGAUCAAAAAGAAGGGAAAAAGUAUUCCUUGAUACAAUUGUAUAUUAAAAAUAUUAAAGAAGAGGACAUCAGUUCUUCAUAUACCUGCAAUUUUAUUGUAGGUAGCUACACUUCAAAUCAAACGUUUACACUGCAAAAAGAAACAAAUCGAGAUCUACCUUUGCAUGUCUUUACUCCUGGAAUUAUUACAGCAAUACUCUUUUCUCUAGUUGCUGUAUUUGUGGUGAUUCUGUAUGUGGUAUUCAAAGUUGAGCUUGUUUUAUUAUACAGAGAUAUAACAGGAAAGGAUGAAACACUGGAAGAUGGAAAAAUAUAUGAUGCGUUUGUGUCUUACCUGAAAGACUGUGUACCAAUAUGUGGCAAAGAGAGAAAAUUUGCACUAGACAUCUUGCCCAAAGUAUUGGAAGAACAUUUUGGAUACAAAUUGUGUGUCUUUGAACGGGAUAUCUCUCCUGGAGGAGCUGUUGUUGAUGAUGUCCAAUCAUUUAUUGACAGAAGUCGAAGAUUAAUCAUUAUACUGAGCAAAAACUAUAUCUCUGACAAUGUCAUGUUUGAACUUGAAACUGGGCUGCAUAAGGCCUUAGUUGAAAAGAAAAUUAAAGUGAUAUUAAUAGAAUACAUGCCUAUAAGUGAUUUUGAUUUCUUGCCCAAGUCUUUGGAACUUCUUUCAUCCAGCCAUGUGGUGAAAUGGAAAGAAGAGAAGUCGCACCGUUUAAAUUCCAGGUUUUGGAAGAAGCUCCGCUAUGCAAUGCCUGCCAAGCCCUUCUCAAUGAAGGCACCAGCUGCUCUUUGUGGCACACAUCCCAGUGUGGAAACAUGAGCGACUAGUGCAUUCCGUGCUGCAUCCUGGCUAUCUCUGAUGAGCGCUUCACUCAGGUUUAUUUUAGUAAGGCUACUACCUUUUCAUCAGGAUCCCUUGAGAAUGGGAUAGCAGGAUAGAUAGUGCAAGGAUGAUAUUCCUCAAAGUAGUUAUCUGUUUGUAAUUAUAGUGGACAUAUUUAAGGAGAUUUGUCUCUAAUAACAAGAAAAUGUAGCUCAUGAUCCUGGCAUAGGUGCCGCAUGCUCUAGAAGAAGAAUCAUCAUAGGACUCAGUAGAAAAUAUAUUGUCUUCAUAUAUGGACAGAUUUCAUUCAUAGGUUUACAAAAGUAGAACUGUACACACACUUCAGUUGGCGCCAUCUUUAGUUUCAAAAGCCGAACUCUUGACUGGAGUAAGAUGUUUGUAGAACUACAAUAUAUGUUGUUUGGGUUUUUUAUCACACUUUUCAGUGAAUAUGCCUAAUAGAAUAAGAUGCUGCAAUGACCACUGUGAAUUAGUGACCUGUUUCCAACUAUGUAUUUAAUAAUAAAAAUAAAAUGUCAAUAAUAUUA